AUGGUAAAUGUAACACAAAAAGACAUCAAGAAUAUAAUAAUGAGAAAAUGUUGGCAAGACCCCCCUCCCCCCGCGGACGGGUGUCAGCACGAACGCCGCUCGGGGGGCACCAGAGGGCAGCAGCGUUUGUUGGUGUUCCAUGAGAAAGGACACUCUCUCGCCAGAGAGAGUAAUGGAAUUGAGAGAAUGAAAUCAAUGGACCUUUUAGUCAGUCGUUGGAAGUACCGGAAUUUUGUCAUAUCUGUAGUCAUUGUAAUAACAGUGGCUUUUUCUCUCAUUGGAACUUUGCAGCUCUUGAGUUUGGGAUUAUCUCCUAUAAUUCAUGAUGGACGAUUGAAUUUGGAGGCAUCAAAUCACUGGCAGGAAUUAGUAGUUGGAGGUGAAGGUACCCCAGAUGCGAGUAAGACCAGAUAUGACUGCCACUACUUCAAUUGUUUUAAUGUUUAUAGAUGUGGACGGGGAGGAUACCAACGUAUAUCUGUGUGAGUAUCAAAGAAACUAAAACUA